AUGUUAAUGAUGAGAAAAUGGAGUAGAAAAAGUAGAGAGGAGGAGAUUGAUUGUCGUCUAUCACAUUCCAUUAAUUGUUGUAUAUAUCAAGCAAGCGAUACAUUGUUACAAUUGGAUGUUAUUGGUUUGCUACAAUGGUGUUAA